AUGAGACGGAAAACUGUUUUCUCAUAUCAGUCACUACAAUACUUAAUUGAAAUCUAUCUAUCUAUCUAUCUAUCUAUCUAUCUAUCUAUCUAUCUAUCUAUCUAUCUAUCUAUCUGUGCGUGUUCAUAUACAGAGUGCUUUGGGGAGAGACAUUCUUUUUUUCUGAUUUCUUUCUUUACUUCCUUUCUUUCGUCUCUUCUCUCUUCACUUUUUUAUUUGCAUUUUUCUUACAUUAUUUCAUUCUUUCUUUCUUCCUCUUUUUCCUUUUUUUCUUCCUUUUUUUCCUUAUCUAUUUACUUCCUUCUUUCUACUUUUCAUGUUUCUUUCCUUUCUAAUUUCAUUCUUUUCUUCCUUCUUCCAUUAUUUCCUUUGUCCUUCUUUUCUUCCUUACACAUCUGCUUCUUUCUUUCUUUCUUUCUUUCUUUCUUUCUUUCUUUCCUUCCUUUGCUUCUUUCUUUCUUUCUUUCUUUCUUUCUUUCUGCCCUUCCUUUGCUUCUUUCUUUCUUUCUUUCUUUCUUUCUUUCCUUCCUUUGCUUCUUUCUUCCCUUCCUUUGCUUCUUUCUUUCUUUCUUUCUUUCUUUCUUUCUUUCUUUCUUUCUUUCUGUCAUUCCUUUGCUUCUUUCUUUCUUUCUUUCUUUUUCUCAAAAUAUUACUAAUAUAGUUUUACCUAGAAAAACAGAAUCAUAA